CACUAAACCAUUAGUCUUUUGACUUUAUCAUCUACAUUUAGUAUUUCAGUAAAGUGAAAACAUAAAUAAAAAAAAUAUUGUAAAAGUAAAGCCCUCAAUUUCAAGGUUAAUCUUAAUGAUGAACGAAUAAAUUUCUUUUCUAAUAUUUUCACAACUAACCAUGUAAAAACUCUCUAAAUACUCCAAUUCGGUUAAUGAGUGAGGUUAUGUUAUCCCGGAGAACAACAAAAACUCAUAAUUAAUUAAAUGUAUACCAGAAAUGAUUUGUUUACGAUUUCUAAAAAAUCCUUGGAAAAUAUAUUCGCUCCCCUCAAAAUUCCUGAAAAAUCACCAAUGGCCUAGGCAUUUUGGCUCCUUGCCCCCAGGAACUUCUGAGGAACUAUCAGAGAGCUCUGAGAAUGUCCGGUGGAGGGCUUUGUUCUUCGGAACCGACGAAUUCGCCCUGGAGAGUCUGAAACGACUGCACCGAGAAUACAGGUCAAAGAGGCUGCUGACACGGCUGGAGGCGGUGACCGCUUACGAGGGUCGGGAGAACCCGGUUAUAAAAUAUGCCCAGGAUCACGGAAUCAAAGUGCACAAGUGGCCGAUAGAAAAUUCCAUUGGUGACUUUGACAUUGGACUUGUCGUAUCCUUUGGGCAUCUCAUACCCUCCAAGAUUAUCAAAUUAUUUCCACUAGGAAUGAUCAAUGUUCACGCGAGCUUGCUACCGAGAUGGAGGGGGGCGGCACCAAUAAUUUAUGCCCUGAUGAAUGGAGAUAGCGUGACCGGAGUCACUAUCAUGAAGAUAGCGCCAAAAAAAUUUGAUAUUGGAGAAAUACUAGAGCAGAGGGAAGUGAAAAUUCACGAUCAUGAGACCCAGACAGAACUGCAUAAGAGACUAGCCACCGCUGGUGGUGAUUUAUUAAUAGAAACGUUUGAAAAAUUGCCACAUGUUGUUGCCUCUGGACGAGCUCAGUCAAGUGAAAAUGUUUCGUAUGCUCCCAAAAUAGGAAAGAAUAUUUCAAUCGUGAAAUGGGAGGAAAUGACAGCGAGACAAGUUUACAAUCUGCAAAGAGCCCUCACAGGAAUAUUCCCUCUGAAAACGUCAUUUCAGGGAAAAACCCUCAAGAUUUUCGGAGUAAAAAUAUCUAGUAAUACUCCAAGAGAUGUUAGCGACCGCAAAUCCAAUCCUGGAACGAUCUUCUAUGAUAGGCAAAGUCGGUUACUGAUGGUGCAGUGUAAAAACGACAGUUGGGUAACGGUCGCGGAGAUUUCGAUGCCUGGCAAACGAAAAAUGUCUGCCAAGGACUUCAACAAUGGUUUCAUGAAUAAUAAACGUAAUAAUGAGGUAUUUUUUGGAGUAGAGCAAGACUUGGACGUGGAUAACUCCGUUGUAGAAGUUAAAAAUUGAAUAAAACUGAGUACUGACAAAAUUGUUCGUUCAAUUGAAGUGUAUGGCGAAUAAACUUGUUUCAGUAUUCAAUAAAUGAAUAAUUAUGCAGGUAAAAUCACGAAUAAAGAUUUAUAGUUUUUCAUGACUCACCGGCGUUGGCCGAAAACAACUGCUUUCGUUUUCGCCUUUUUUACGCUUCAGCGCCACAUUUAUCCUUGGGUGUCCACCAGGUCGAUGAUUCUGUCACGUAGUUGUUGUCUAGAUCUCACUUGACACAUCACUGUUCACUAAUCACUGAUCACUGAAAAAAUUUUGCUUAUUAUUUAUUUAUUCAUUUCUUUUGUUCAUAUUUUGUAAUCUAAGAAUUUAUAAAAAUUGUCGUUUAUUGUUUAAACAAAUGAAAAAAGGACUCCAUGAGAAUUGGGAUGAAUAUUCUGUGGAAUCAGAUUUUUACUGAUUUUCAAAGGGAAAAAUUGAUGGUUAAAAUUUUUGUCA